AUGGCGGCCAUGCGUCGACGAAUGCACCGAGAGAUUGCAAUGCUGGAGAGCGAUCCGCCCUUUGGGGUCAGCGCGUGGCCGAAAGACGACAAACUCGACCACCUCGAAGCCCAAAUUUUGGGUCCAGACGGGUCCCCGUACGAGAAGGGCGUGUUCCAGUUAGAUAUUGAAAUUCCAGAACGCUACCCUUUUGAGCCGCCAAAGGUGUGCUUUGUUACGCCGAUAUACCACCCGAAUAUCGAUGAUGCUGGUCGAAUCUGUCUUGACACGCUAAAAAUGCAGCCGAAGGGCUCCUGGCUGCCGUCCGUCAAUAUUAGCACAUUGCUGACGACUAUUCGUUUACUGAUGGCGGAACCCAAUGCAGAUGACGGCCUGAUGCCAGAAAUUGCCAAUACUUUCAAACACGAUCGCGAGCUGUUUAACAAGAGAGCAGUGGAGUUGACGGAGCAAUACGCCCGCGACACACAAGUCCGUCGACCGAAACCCACCGUCAAGGCGAGUUCUUUACCGAGCGACGGUCACGCAACGGAUAGCGGCGUGGCUGAUUCUGUGGCCCAAGAUACUCAGACAGCAAAAGCUCUGUCUCAGCAGAACGACUCGGCGUUUUCUGACGAUUCGCUUAGCGACGGCAAGUCGUCAGAUGAAGGAGAGGAUCAUGACACAGCUGGUGAUGAAGACUUCGAUGCGGAGAGAGACUCCAACCCGCCCGCCAAACGGAGACGGCAAACAUAG